AAGGAAGAGAUCUCGGACGACAAUGCAAAGCUACCUUGCUUCAAUGGAAGAGUGGUGUCCUGGCUGGUCCUGGCUGAAAGCUCCCACUCUGACACAGGCUCCCAGUGCACCGAGAGCCACACAGACCUUCCACCACCCAUCGAGAGAACAGGCGGCAUUGGAGACUCCCGGCCUCCAUCAUUCCACCCCAAUGCUGCCAGCAGCCGGGACGGCCUGGACAAUGAAACAGGAACAGAGUCAGUUAUUAGCCACCGGCGAGACAGACAUCGACGGAGAAACAGAGAAGGGCACGAGGAUGUCCCUCGGAUCAACGGCCAUCCAAAACUGGACAGACACCGUGAGCACCCUCCUGGUUAUGACAGCUCUUCUACCAUGAUGAGUAGUGAGCUGGAAUCCAGCAGCUUCAUUGACUCUGAUGAUGAUGACAACACGAGCAGGUUGAGUAGCUCCACUGAGCAAAGCACUUCAUCCCGACUCAUACGGAAGCAUAAACGCAGGAGGAGGAAACAAAGGAUGCGGCAGAUUGACAGGUCGUCUUCGUUCAGCAGCAUCACUGAUUCUACCAUGUCCCUAAACAUCAUCACUGUCACACUCAACAUGGAAAAGUAUAACUUCCUGGGAAUCAGCAUUGUAGGACAGAGCAAUGACCGGGGUGAUGGUGGCAUAUACAUUGGCUCUAUUAUGAAAGGAGGGGCUGUGGCAGCAGAUGGCCGAAUUGAACCAGGAGACAUGCUUCUGCAGGUGAAUGAUGUCAAUUUUGAGAACAUGAGCAAUGAUGAUGCAGUACGGGUUUUACGGGAAAUAGUCUCCAAACCAGGACCUAUCAGCCUAACAGUAGCCAAAUGCUGGGACCCCACUCCCAGGAGUUAUUUCACCAUCCCCAGGGCUGAACCAGUGAGGCCAAUUGACCCUGCAGCGUGGAUCUCUCAUACCACAGCCAUGACGGGAGCGUACCCCCGUUACGGUAUGAGCCCCUCCAUGAGCAUCACCACAUCUACCAGCUCCUCACUAACAAGCUCAAUUCCCGAUUCGGAAAAAUUAGAAGAGUCUCCCUUAACUGUGAAGAGUGACAUGGCUACUAUUGUCAAGGUUAUGCAGCUACCAGACUCAGGCCUUGAAAUUCGGGACAGGAUGUGGUUAAAAAUUACCAUCUCCAAUGCAGUGAUAGGAGCAGAUGUGGUUGACUGGCUUUACACACACGUGGAAGGCUUCAAAGACCGACGGGAGGCUAGAAAAUACGCCAGCAGCAUGUUAAAACAUGGCUACCUCAGGCACACUGUGAACAAAAUCACCUUCUCGGAACAGUGCUAUUAUGUCUUUGGAGACCUCUGUGGCAAUAUGGCUGCGCUAAACCUUAACAACGGUUCUAGCGGAGCCUCGGAUCAGGAUACCCUUGCUCCACUUCCGCAUCCUGCUGCUCCCUGGCCGUUAGGCCAAGGAUACUCGUAUCAGUAUCCUCUGCCCCCUCCGUGUUUUCCACCAGCAUACCAAGACCCAGGCUUUAGCUAUGGCAGCGGCAGUGCAGGCAGCCAGCAAAGUGAAGGAAGCAAAAGCAGCGGCUCGAACCGAAGCAACAGCGAGAACAGCAGGAGAGCUCUUGGCAGAGAGAAGGACCGCAAGUCGGCUGGCAGCGGCAGCGAGUCCGACCACACUGCCCGCAGCGGGGGCGGCGCCAGUGUCCUGCGUCGGGAGAGGCCCGUCAGCCAGCUCAGCCACCGGAGUCACGUCUCUGCCACCCACAGCGAGAGAAGCCAUCACAGCCAUCAUUCUUACGGGCCUCCGGGAGUCCCACCCCUCUACAAUCUCCCCAAGAUGGGCUCCAAAGUCUACGGGACGAGCGGACCCCCUGGAGGACCCCCCGUGAGGGAACUGAGCUCUGUUCCUCCAGAGCUGACGGGGAGCCGGCAGUCCUUCCAGAAGGCUAUGGGCAACCCUUGCGAAUUCUUUGUCGACAUCAUGUGAGAAGAAGUGCCUUCAGACUCUGCUUGGGGAAGGGCCGGGGCGGGGGAGGAAGGGGUGAUGAUUGUUUUGGGGGCGGGUGAGCAAUUUGGUCGUUGUCGAACACUUAAUGGAAGAAACUUGGCUGUCUUGCAUGUCACACCUUCUGGUUUGCAAUUGUGUUGCAGAAAAAUCAACAAAACAUAACAAAAAAUACAAAAAAACCACCCCCACGAAAAGGAACAAAAAAACCCCAACUCCUGGGAUUGCUAAAUAUCAGCAAAUUGAUGGCAUCUUUUCUUUAUCCUUUCC